AUGGGGCGUAUGGUUAAUAAACAGCAUGCCGGCCGGCUGCCCAUACAGUCGCUCGUUCAGUUAUUUAGUGAGACGUCGUCGUCGACGCGACUGCGCCACCUGUACGACUGCACAGUGGUGCCGACCGCGCUGCCACGGCCAACGUCGCUGCUACUGCUAGCCAAUGUGCUGCUACUACUGCUGCUGCUCUCGCAAGCGCCAGCUGAGACACUGGCGCGCGCCACCAGCAGCAACGCCAACAACGACUCCGAGUCUGGAGCGGAUUUGCAAUCGAAUGCGAGUCGCCAACGUGCGCCCCUGGAGACAAGCAUGAACAUGAUUCAGCGCAACUUCAUGGUAAUGCACUCGCUGAGCGUCAACGAUCACAGUCGCUCCUUGAAGCGCGUCCAGCUGACAAACUCGAGCAUCACCUGCAACGAUGCCUCCCAUGCCGGUUUCUAUUUGCGCAAACAGCCCAACUCGAAGAAGUGGAUCGUAUUCCUGGAAGGUGGCUGGCAUUGCUUUGACAAUCGUUCCUGUCGCGCCCGUUGGAUGCGUUUGCGACAUCUCAUGACCUCCUCACAAUGGCCCGAGACGAGAGAUGUUGGUGGCAUACUCUCUCCGCACGCCGAGGAGAACCCCUAUUGGCACAAUGCCAACCAUGUGCUGGUGCCCUAUUGUAGCAGUGACUCGUGGUCGGGCACUCGCACCGAACCCAUUUCGAAGGACAACAAUUGGCGUUUCAUGGGCGCUCUGAUCUUGCGUCAGGUGAUUGCAGAUUUGAUACCACUGGGUCUGGGGCGUGUCGCAGGCGGAGAACUGUUGCUGGUGGGCUCCUCAGCUGGUGGGCUCGGUGUCAUGUUGAAUCUGGAUCGCGUACGUGAGUUUCUAGUGGAGGAACGGAAGCUUCAGGUGACAGUGCGGGGCGUCAGCGACUCGGGUUGGUUUCUGGAUCGUGAGCCCUACACGCCCGCAGCCAUGGCAUCCAGCGAAUCAGUGCGACUGGGCUGGAAGUUGUGGCAAGGCCUGCUGCCCGAGGAUUGUGCCAAGGAGCAUGCGUCCGAGCCCUGGCGUUGCUACUUUGGCUAUCGCCUCUAUCCCACGCUGAAAACUCCACUCUUUGUCUUCCAAUGGCUCUUCGAUGAGGCACAAAUGCGUGCGGACAACGUGGGUGCGCCAGUGACGCCGCAACAGUGGAACUAUAUACACGAAAUGGGCGGCGCCCUACGCUCCUCCCUGGACAAUGUGAGUGCUGUCUUUGCGCCGUCAUGCAUCGGCCAUGCCGUCCUCUCCAAACGCGAUUGGCUCAACAUCAAGAUCGAUGACAUCUCACUGCCCGCCGCUUUGCGUUGCUGGGAGCAUGCGACGCGCCAGAAGCGUCACGACAAGCCCAAACGCUCCACGGAGGCCACCACAGCACUGCAACAAACCCAAAAGUCCCCGCACCCGAAUAACCAAAGACAUCAGCGCCACCGACACAAGCAGAACAAUGUGGCGCAACGGAAGCGCAAUCAUCUGACAAAGGAGGAGCGCGAGGAGCGCAAACGUCACCGCAAAAAGGAGCAACAGUCUCCCAAUGGUGGUCCCAAUGGUAAACAACAGCGCAGACGCAACCGGCACAGAGACGAGACGCCGGAGCAGCAGCGGAAGCGUCAGGAGCAGCGUAAACGUCGCCGCCGGAAGCAGCAACAGCAGCUAAAGAAGCAACAAAAACAGCAGAAGCAGCAGCAGAAGAAGCAACAACAACACCAUCAUCUGGACAAGGAGCUGCAGCAGGAGCAGCCAGCAGUCGGUGGCGGCAAUGAACCACAAAAGCGUCGCGCCUCCAAUAGCGCCCAAAGGAGGCAGCGAGUGCCGCGCGUGCCCGAAAAGUGUGGACUGCGUCUAUUAGAGCGUUGCAGUUGGCCGCAAUGCAAUCACAGCUGCCCCACACUAACGAAUCCACUCACCGGCGAGGAGAUGCGCUUCCUCGAGCUGCUCACCUCCUUCGGUCUGGACAUUGAGGCGGUGGCAGCGGCGCUUGGCGUCGACAUGCAUACCCUAAACAAUAUGGAGCGAACCGAGCUCGUCAACUUGUUGACGCAGCAAGUCAGCUGA